AAUCCUAACAAGUGGUAUCAGAGCUGUAUUAAGGACGUUGAGAGGAGUCUACAGAAGUGUGAAGACCCUUCUGGACCCACCAUGGCCUGUGGGUGUGCCUAAGUGGUGUUCUAAAGGUUGGAUGUGUCUUCCGCUAAGGGGAAACUCUGCCGAAAUUUCGUGGACGCCGACACUUGUGAAAAUAUCGAGGGAGCUGAGUAUGUUCGAGCACAUCAAGGAUCUUGUGGAAGCGGAUGAUUCGGGUCCAAGGGCGUGGAAACUACUACGUGAUGUGGUUCAGCCCAACACUCUCCCGAUGGUGAUCGUGCUCGAGAAGGAACUUGCUGCCAUCUCCAUGCGACCAGGGGAUGAUGUGAAGCCGGUCCUUGACAAGAUCAAGGACACCUAUGCAAGGAUGGCAGCAGCGGGCGCAAGGUAGAGGCCGAGGUGACUAUAAUGAGGGGCAUGGAAGCUCCAGUGGCAGGGGGAGUACCAGAAUGGAGGGCACCUGCUGGUACUGCAAGAAGAUAGGGCAUCCUUGGUUCAAGUGC